AUGCUAGUAGUAGUAGCAGCUGUGAAGAGAGGGUGGAGACCUCAUUUGGCUUGCCGCACGUAUCGUUCUAUCAGUCAUUUUUCUUCGGAUUCGAGUAAUAGAUCCCUUUCCCCAGCUUCACAGCGACUUCGAGAGGCUGGGCCUGCUAGAACACGAUUUGCGCCCUCUCCCACGGGUUAUUUACACCUUGGGUCAUUGCGAACUGCCCUUUUCAACUAUCUUAUUGCGAAAGCUACAGGUGGUCAAUUCAUUCUGAGAAUCGAGGAUACGGAUCAGAGCCGGACAAUAGAAGAUGCUGAACAUAGGCUAUUUGAAGAUCUGGAGUGGGCGGGAUUGGAGUGGGACGAAGGUCCAAAUGUAGGAGGGCCAUUUGGUCCCUAUAAACAGUCACAACGUCUAUCAAUAUACAAGCAACACGUAGAUGACUUGCUAUUGUCUGGCCAUGCCUACAGAUGCUUUUGUACCCAGGAACGUCUACACGAAUUAGCCCAACAUCGAGGGCAAUCAGGACAGCCCCCUGCUUAUGACAGAACCUGUGCACAUAUUCACAGAGACCAGUCAGAUGAAAAAGCAGCACAUGGUGAGGCUCACGCCGUUCGACUUUUGGCCCCAGAACGAUACCCAGCAUACGAGGACUUGAUAUUCAAGGAAGUUCGCCCACGCUUCGACAGAACAGCCAAAAAAUUCUUAUCUCAGGGAACACGCGGCUCCUUCGAUGAUCCAAUUCUUCUUAAAACAGAUGGGUACCCGACAUACCACCUUGCUAAUGUUGUGGACGAUCAUCUUAUGAAGAUUACUCAUGUGAUUCGAGGCUCAGAAUGGAUAAACUCGACACCAAAGCAUAUGUGGAUGUACAAAGCUUUUGGAUGGGAACCACCAAAAUUCGGGCACGUCAGUUUGCUUACUGACAAAAACGGGCACAAGCUUAGCAAACGAGAAGGCGCUAUUGAUGUCCGCUCAAUGCGGGAUGAUUUGGGAGUCUUCCCUGAGACGCUCACAAAUUUUGUUGCUCUGCUUGGGUGGUCUCACGAUCAAAAGUCAGAUGUCAUGAGCUUGGAAGAUCUAAUCAAACAUGCUAGUUUGAAAUUCACGAAGGGCGAUACUACAGUUUCUUUUGAGAAGAUGUGGUUUUUACAAAAAAAGCACGCUGUAAGAUAUGCCACCGCGUCCUCGGACGACGUCUCGACUCCACCUGACCAAGAUCUUCAAUUACUAGCGGCAGGUCCAGUAUUCAAGUAUCUCAAGUCUCUAUUAUCUAACAAUGGAGACCUUGCUUUUUACAAGAGUCUAUCGGAAGCGCAACAAAAACAACUCGUUUCCAAGUUGGUGAAGGCUGACGCACAAAACUACACCUCAGCUCCCGAGUUCAUCGGCCGCAACAUAACAUUUUUCCAAGCCCCGACCGCUGACAUGCUUCAAGAUGGUCUUCCUAAGAUGAAGGACGCAACAAAGGAUUUGAGAGAAACCUACGAUUUGGACACUUUCAAUUCUAGACUUGAUGAUUUUCAGGACAUUCCUACUGGGGAUUGGAACGUCAAUCAUUUGAAAGAAAGCAUUGACAAGAUUAUCAACGUUGAAGCGCCAAAGGAUAGUAAUGAGACCUUCGGGGCGCAUUCGAAACCGCAAUCUGCUGCAAGAAAGGUGUGGCCGACUUUCGUCCAUGGAUAUUUGCGAUGGGCGAUUUCAGCUGGCAGACCGGGUCCAGAUGGUAGUUUGACGAUGGCGCUCUUAGGAAAAGAAGAGAGUAUGAGAAGGUUGGGUCUAGCCAAAAGCAAGUUGUUUACGGCUUCAUAA